AUGCUCUACGCGUCACCCCUCAGAUUGCUCUGGGCAGUCUUGCCACUCUGGCUCAUCUGGCAUAUUGCUGCAGCACCUACAGAUGUACCAUCAGCAGCCUCCUUCUAUGUCCGUUCCCUACCCGGGCUGCACCAAGAUGUGAAUCAUCCAUUGCACAUGUUCUCCGGUCAUCUACCGUCCGACCCGAAUGCUACCAAUGUACCAGACACUGAAGUCACCGCACACCUAUUCUUUCUCAUGAUCAAGAAUCGGCGAAUGGCGGACAAGGAGCGACUUAUGUUCUGGUUCAAUGGUGGUCCAGGAUGCUCAUCCUUCGAUGGUCUAAUGAUGGAAGUUGGUCCCUGGCGGCUAGACGGCAAGGGUGGCCUGAAUGUCAUUGAAGGGGGCUGGGAAGAGUACACGACUAUGGUCUACGUCGAUCAACCCGCAGGGGCAGGCUUCUCGUACACCUCGUCAGACCAUUAUCUGCAUGAACUCUCCGAUGCGGCAGCACACAUGGUGGAGUUUUUGAAGAACUUCUAUGAUGUAUUUCCCGAAUAUAAAGACGUCGACACAUAUUUAGCGGGCGAGAGCUUCGCCGGGCAAUACAUACCAUACUUUGCGGAUGCCAUCCUAAACUCCACAUUGAACAUGCCAUUACGCGGAGCAGCGAUCGGUAAUGGCUGGAUAGAUGGCCGUCACCAGUAUCCCUCCUUCCUCCAGUAUGCAGUCAAGCAUGGCCUAAUUGAAGAGAAGUCCGAUGAAUGGAAGCACGGGAAGGAAGCGACGGACAAUUGCAUGAAGGAGUUGGAUAAGCACAAGGAUCACGAACCUGUCAAGGUCAAUAUCUGUGAGGGUGUCAUGCAUGAAGUCAUCAAGAGUAAGACGCGAAAAGUCAAUGGCAAGGAGAUGUGUCUCAACAUCUACGACGUGCGGCUUCAAGACGAGUCGCCCGCCUGCGGCAUGAACUGGCCACCAGAUUUGAAGCAUAUGUACACCUACCUUCAGCGCCCCGAAGUCGUACGCGCCAUUCACGCAUCUGAAGCGUCGCAAACCUGGACAGAGUGCAGAGGAACGAUCCACCAUGCCUUCAACACAGCCAGCUCUCCAUCCGCUAUCACGGUCAUCCCUAGAGUACUCGCCAAAAUACCGAUCUUGUUGUUUGCUGGCGACCAAGACCUCAUCUGCAACUACGUCGGGAUUGAGAACCUCAUUCAGGCGAUGUCGUGGAACGGUGCCACUGGACUUGGGACUGUCAAGACAGAACCAUGGUCAGUCAACGGAACAUCUGCUGGGACCUGGGUCUCGUCACGGAACCUCACUUAUGCUAAGAUCUUCAACGCGUCACAUAUGGUUGGUUUCGACGCACCACAUAUCACUCACGAUAUGAUUCUGCGCUUCAUGGGCGCCAACUUCAGUAUGAUUCUUGAUGGCUCCGCGCGGAUCCCAAGUGCUGUCGGCGACAACAGCAAGCCUAUACCUGAGCUGUUGGGCAACAUCCCAAGUGCAAGCGCUACACCCUCGGAGACUCCCGAGCAGGACAAGGCCAAGUGGGAAGCGUACUACAAUGCCGGCUCUGCAGCGAUGGUGCUUGCUAUCAUCUCGAUCUUCAUCGCUGGCUUCAUCUGGUGGCGCUACCGCCGGAGCAGACUGCGUGGGCUGCAGGUCACGACGGACGACUCGACCGCGGAAGAGAACAUCCCUCUCGCGACGAGUAUGACGGAUGUGAACGGCCAUGGCGACAGGGAUGAUGAGGCACCGUACAAGCAGGCCAAGGGGAAGGAGCGGGCGCAGGAACUUCCGAACGAAGGGGCGAUAUUCAGCAUAGUGGGCGAUGAUGAGGAUUUGAGGACGCCUAGGACAGGGCAGUGA